AUGGCUCCAAUCCUCCUCCUCAAGACGAAAUCCACUCCUCACGAUGGGUAUCAAGACCUCUUUUCGCAAAACUACGAUCCAACCUUCGUCCCCGUCCUCGAACAUCGCUUCCACACCGAGAAUUUGAACCAAGUGCGGGACCUGUUCAUCUCCGGAGCCUUUGGAAAUACCACCUCCGCCUCCCCAUCCAAUGGCGAGCAAAAUGAAACUGGAAAUGGAAACCAAGCUCGCAAAUACGGCGGUCUAAUCUUCACCAGUCAGCGCGCCGUAGAAGGGUUCGCGAAGAUGAUUGAAGCCGAAAAGGAUGCCAACUUCGACAUCCCAACCGAAUGCAAUCCCCAAACCCCAACAUCACCCCCAUUACUCCUCUACACAGUCGGACCAGCAACAGCCCGCAGCCUAACAACCCUUCGAAACAAACACCUCCCCCACGCAACGAUCUACGGCGCAGAUGCAGGCACAGGCGAGAAUCUCGCACGGAUGAUUUUGGAGCAUUACAACUCUAUAUAUCCUACCUCCACCUCCACUUCCACUUCCAAACCAGCACUACUCUUCCUCGUCGGCGAUGUUCGGAGGGAUAUCAUCCCCAAAACACUGAUGGAUCCCACUCUAGGCAGUAAACUGAUCGAAGUGGAAGAAUUGGUUGUGUAUGAAACAGGUGUCAUGGCUUCUUUCGAGGGCGAUUUUAGAGGUUGUUUACAGCGGAUUCAAGAAGAGGUAGUUUGGGUGGUUGUGUUCUCGCCGACGGGGUGUGAGGCUAUGUUGCGAGUUUUGGGGUUAGGGCCUUUUUCUUCUGGAUCUGGAUCGGGACAUGUAGGUGUAGAUGUGGGUGUGGGAAGCAAGACUGCACGGCGAGUCUUUAUUGCUACGAUUGGACCGACGACUAGGGAUCAUCUGCGAUUGGAAUUCAGGUUUGAGGCGCACGUCUGUGCUCCCAAGCCUAGCCCGGAAGGUGUUGUGGAGGGGAUUGAGAAGUUUAUGAGUGGAUUGUGA